AUGAUGACAACAAUAGUUACAAAAAAAGACCAGCGAUGCCAUUGACCAGCUCGACAUUAAAAAGAAACCCGAAGAUGGAGUUGAGUCGAUCAGAUCUGUUAAGACUAUUGUCUAUAUUGGAGGGCGAACUACAGGCCCGAGAGAUAGUGAUAGCCGUCUUAAAGGCGGAACAAAUAAAAAAGCUUUUGUAUCCAAACAAACGUUUGCCAAAAGACAUAUUCAGCUCAAAGACUAUUAAAUUGAAUUCAAAUACAAACUCAAAGCCAAUCCAUUUAAAUGACAAAACCAACGACUCUUUAAUCCAUUACUGCGAUCCUUAUAACGCUCUGUCGAGGGAUGCAUUUGGCGCUUAUGACCCAUCAUUUGACAAGACAUCGACCAUUGCGUUGUUUAAUAUCAAAGUGAAUCAAUUGGAAGCACUUAUUUUUCAACAGAGAAAAGCCAGAAAUACUCUUAAAGAACAAUUGGAAUUAAUUGAAGAUAAGUAUAACAAGAUUGUUAAAGAAUUGGAUAAUGAAAGACAAUUGAAUAAACAGAAGAGUGACCAAAAAACUAGUGAUACAUAUGAUUGUGUCGACUCUGAGGGUAAACCCAUUGAUUGUGAUUUGAAAACUAUAGCAAAAACUUUGGAUAAAGAGAGGAAUCGAGAAAAACAAAUAGUUUUGUGUUUAUUAUCUGAAAGAAAGCAAUUGAUUAUAAAGUUGAUAGAAGAACGACACAAAAAUGAAGAACUACUUAACUUAUUGUCUUCAGAAAAAGGAAAGAUUGCAGAAAUGGUUGAAGGAUUGGAAGAUGAAAGCAAAAGAUCACUUCAAAUGGAAGCAGAAUUAGAAAAGUUUUUAAAUGAUUUUGAGAACGAACGACAAAAAUUUAAGAAUCAAUUAUCUGCUUCUGAGUCAAGAAAUGCAGAACUGGCCGCUGAAGUGGACCGACUUCGUCAGCAACUUAGUGGUAAACAAACGAAUUCUGUGAAUUUGGGUGAAGGCGUUCGCUCAACAAUUGUUACAAUGUCUUCAGCAACUCGAGUAGCAACAGUACCUUCAGUGUCAACAGUGAAUCAACCAAAGGCUAGUGUGGCUCAGGCCGUCAUAACCAAACCCGUUGCAAAUGUUAGCCAAGGAUUGACUCAAUUGCCAUCAAAAUUAACAUCCGGUCAAAGUUCAUACGGCACAAUACAGACCAUAUCUUGCGUUAAAAUGAAUGCAACUAUACCUCCACCACCCAGUGUUCCGGCACCACCUCCUAAGGCUCUUAAUAGUAAUUGUAAUAAUAAAUCGGCAGCUAAUGUAUUGCAAACAUCAUCUAAUGUUAAUGCAAACGCUUUUCAAAAUAUUACAUAUAAUUUAGAGACGACAUCGAGUGGCACAUCAAAGACAACUACUAACACAACUUCUACUUAUUCUGUAGUUAAUGCAAAUCCAGUCAUAAAUCAAUCACAAACUAAUAAAACAAUGAUUCAAACAAGUAAUACAUUUAACGUUCAAAAUGUUGGCCAUUCAAAUCAAUCUAAUCAACUUAACCAACCAAUUCAGCGUAAAUUAUCGGCCAGUGGUGUCGCAAGAGGCACUCCUCCUCCUAUACCACCAAAUAAACCAAUUAUUAAACCAGUUCUUCCCCCGCAAGCAUUGCAACAACGCAGCAAAGAAUUGAGUUCAACUAAAGUGAUGAGCGGAUCUGUUGGCAACACUAAGGCCGCCACUAAUAUGGCAAAGAAUACGACAAUGAAUGCAAGUGAUAAUACAAAUACAGGUGAGACAAGUAGUGCUCAACAAACUAAUAGUAUUAAUGACAUGAAUGAGAGCAACGGUGCCAACAAUGAUGACACUAAUGUUGAUCUCUUGUGUCAAGAAUUAGAUAAUUUUAAUUCAUUACUCGUUUCAAUGGUUUCAACCGGUUCUCAAAUGAACAUUUAGUAUACAUAUUGUUAUUUUUAUUUUAAAUUAUUUACACCCCCUAUCACAUCA